AGCAGCAUUCCCAUUUUCAACUACUUUCGCUUCGUGGCCAGCUUUCUCCGACCGUCGCUUCCUUGCAGAGCAUCCAUGGCUUCUGCUGCCGUCAAUCGCUGGCUGAGGCCUGAGGUUUAUCCACUCUUUGCCGCGGUUGGGACUGCCAUGGGUAUUUGCUGCUUCCAGCUUGUUCGUAAUGUUUGCAUCAACCCUGAAGUGAGGGUUAACAAGGCAGGCAGGGUAGCAGGCGUACUGGAAAACUUUGCAGAAGGGGAGAAAUAUGCUGAACAUGGCCUUAGAAAAUUUGUGCGUGGAAAAUCUCCAGAAAUUAUGCCAAAUCUAAAUGGUUUCUUCUCGAAUCCUAAUAAUUAAGGGUCUGUUGGUUGUCGAAAGGAUGAUUCUGUAUCUUGUGUGAUAAGUUUGCUUUGGAUUGUGAUAUCAAUAUUUGUAAUAAUGAUCACUGUUUGAAACACACUGUAUUUUCAUUGAAAUACCUAUUGAGGUUUGCUUGUUUGAGAGUUCAAAAGACUUAAAUUGGCCUG